AUGCAUCCAACUAAUAAUAGAAUAAUAGCAUUAAAAUCUUUGAAAUAUAAAAAAUUUGCAAAAGGUUGCCAUAGAUCAGCUUCAUCACAUAAGAAGCCUUCACCAACUUUUUUUGAUAGUUCAUAUCAACAAUACUUAAGACAAAACCAUGGUUUAGUACAAUUAGAUUCUGCUCAAACACAGUCGCAUUUACCAAAUUUACAACCACAUCCAGUAAUUGGUGCAAACACAAAUUUUAAUACCGUUGAUGAUGUCUUACAUCAUGAAGAUUAUAUUAUUACUUCUACCACUCCAAAUAAUGGUACUAAUAACUAUGUCUCCACACAACAUUAUGAUAUGACUAUUAGUCAAACUUUAUCUAAAAGAUACUAUUCCAAUAUAACGAACCAACAACAAUCACAACCACAAAAUAAUAAUAAUAAUAAUAACAAUAAUACAUUAAUAAAUGACUCUCUACAUAUUCAAAAUAAAGAUACUAAUACCUCAACACAACAUAAAGGAUUUGAAAAUGAUGAUGGGAAAGUAUGGGAAGAAGAUACUGAAACUGAUUUAAACCCUAAUGAAUACUUGAAAGUUCAUAUCGAACAAAUUGAUAAAUGUUAUAAUUUGAAACAAUAUUCUAGAAUAAAUGCAUUAUAUCAAUCUUUGAAAAGAAAUAAUAUUACAGUACCAUUAGAAACAUAUGAAAAAAUAUUAGAAUCCUUCGCUAAGAGAACUUUCGAUGUCAAUAAUAAAAAUUUAGAUGAAAAAAUGUUUUCUUUAUUAAAUUGUUAUCACGAUAUUAUAAAUAAUAGAUUAAAACCAACAGCAAAAAUUUAUAACAUUGUGUUAUUACAAAUAUUUAAAAAUUCUAUUGUUGCAUUUGAAUCAAAUAAUCCAAAUGGUCUAGAUUUCUUUAAGAUUGGUUCCGAAUUAUUUCAUACAGUAUUGAAAAAUAAUUCAUUAUCCAAAGAAACAAUCAAUUAUUAUUUAUUAGCAUUAAACGUCUUUUCAGGAUCACCAUUCAAAUAUUUUAACAAUAACAAUCAAAAUCAACCAAUGGCUCUAAUACCAAAUUUAAAUUAUUUUAAAUUAACUAUAAUAGAUUCAUCAGCUUUAUACGUAAAGGAUUCUUUCUAUUUUAUUGCAUUCAUUAAUUUGGCCAAAAUUACCAAUGAUCUAUCUUUCUUGAAAGAUUUAUAUCAAGAAUUUUUGUUAUUAUUACCAUUAGAUACUUCUCCAUCAUUAAAGGAAAAUCAAUUUGAAAUAUACUCUAUGUUUAUCACUGGAUUUUUAGAAAGUGGAGAACACACAUUAUCAAAUAAAAUCUUCGAAAAUUUAAUUAACGAAAUUAAAUUAAGAGAUGGUAUGUCAGAAAACAUUAAAUUGAUCCUUUCAAACUAUUUGAUUUCAUUGAGUAAAUUAGAUGCUAAAAAGGCAUAUUCGUUAUGGAUGAGCUUUAAGAAAUUAAGAUGGGUCCCAGAAUUUACUUAUGAUUUUUAUUUGCAACUCAUGUCAAAUUCAUUCCAUGAUUGGGAAUUAACUAAAAAGAUAUACGAUUACAUUUACCCAAUGGAAAGAGUCUUUUACAAUAGAGGAAGAAUAACUAGUACUUCAAAGGAGACAAAUUUAUCCAGUUAUUUACUAUAUCCAAUCCACACUGAAAUGAUCCUAAAUUCGUUGAUGAAUUACGCAUUACAAUUGAAUGAUCAAGAUGUAGUUUUCAAGUUAUUGGAAGAAUCUACUAUCAAAUCGUUCACAUUUGAUACCAACUUAUACUCAAGUAUAUUUAAAUUCUUAGUCUCAACUAAUUGCACCUCUUCUUAUUUAUUAAGAAUGAUAGAGACUCAAGGUGAUCUAUUAUUAAACGAAUCCAUUAACAGACAGAACAACAGUAACAAUUUACAAUUCUUAAAUGCAAUUACCAACGCAACUAGAAAUUCGGAUAUAUUAGAAGCCAUUCUUAAUAUGAAGUUUUUUGAUACCAUCUGUAAAAAUAUUGAUUUCAACGCAGAAAACACUACAAAUUUUAACAUUCAUUACAAUGGUCUUGUUGUAUUACUAGAUGCAUUGUGGAAAGCACCAAAGGAUUUUAAUUCUUACCCUCAUUAUUUAGAACUUCAAUCUAGUUUGAUCAUCAGAUUGUUCGAUUUCGACACAUAUGUUCCAACGGAAGAAAAUAAAUUAACCAGUGAUUCUGAGUUCUCAAACUUCAAGACAACCUUGGUUGAAAAAUUUGAAAAAAUGGCAACAAAUUAUCAAAGAUUGAACUAUGACCCAAAUAAAGUUCAACAUGUUGUAUCACAAGCUGUAAGAUUAUCGAAUUUACCAGAAGAAACCAUCCAAUACUUCAAUAAUCCAGGCGAUUGGGAUAAGUCAUACCCACUAAGUUUGGGAUCUCAAAUCAGAAAUGCACCAUCAACAGGUAUUAAGGAUUUUGAAAACUUAUCAAACGAUGGGUAUUGUUUCGAUUACGAUACUUACAAAGAAUUAAUUAAACACAAAUAUAUCAAUCAAUAUAUCAUUGAAAAAUGUUAUGAAUUUGUUACAGUUGGUGAUACCGAUGAAUUGAAGAGCCUAACCAAUCUAAUUAUAAGUAAGGUUUCUCCAACACAAAUCGAAUCGUUAUUGUUUUUGAAAUCAGCCAAAGAUUCUACGAUAUCACUUGAGAAACAAUAUUUCUUUCAAAAGUUCAUGUCGAGCUAUUUAAGGGAUGCAUCCUUAUCAAAGAUCCUUCGUUCUUUAAAUCAUUCUGAGACUUUCCCUCAAUUUAUUGCGAUUUUGAAGUUCCCUGAAAAUUUCAAAAGUAUCACUGUUCAAGCAGAAUUUAAGGAAUCGAUUGAUCUUAUCUAUGAAAAAUUAUAUGAAGCCCGUGAAUAUGAAAACAUUGUCAAAUUUAACGAUAUUUGCCCUGUGUUGAACUUAAAUAUUUUACUGAAAUCUGCCAUCAGAUCAGGUGAAAUUGAGACCUAUGAAAAAUUAUUUGAAAAAUUCAAUUCAUCACUUUCUCAUGACAAACUCAUUGAAAUCAAAUGUGAAUAUUUAUUAGAUAGCUUAAAGAUCGAUGAAACAUUGAAACUAUGCGAAAAAUACAAGGACGAUAUAAGCUGUAAAAAAUCUAAGGACUAUUCUACAUUUGCCAUUUUUUUGAAAAGUUUUACUAAUGAGUCUUCUGUAACCACGGAUAACCCAGAGAACACAUUACAAUUUUCUAACCAAUUAUCUGCAUUCAGUAGCUUCACUGAAGUACUAAAUUACUACAAUUAUCAUUCUGAAUUGCUUGGUGAUUCACUGACACCAACUGAAAGAUUUCAGAUCAACAAGAAUGUAUUAGAUCAAAUGUUGAACAAUAUAGUUGACGCCUCAAAUUUAUUCUUUGAGAACCAAAACAUCCCUGAGGGAUUAAUGAACAAAACUGACGUUGUCAGACAAUUCCAAUUAAAACUAAAGACAUUUUACCGUUUCAAGGCAUACUUGAAACUACAAAACUACAAGGUUUCUGAACUACAAAGGCUAUUGAACGUUUGGUCGAAAGUUGAACCGUUCUCAAUUGAUUCAUUUUUCAAUAAUAUCAUUGAAACAAUAUAUCUAAAACCAGAUACUACUUCGAACACACUUUCUCUGAAGCAUGACCUUUUAUGGAACUUUGAUAAAUCAUCCUUGAAGGUUAUUGCCGAUGAUAUCAUACACGCAUACCAAGUAAUAGGUGACCUACCUAAGAUCAAUAAAGUCGAACAGUUCAAGACUUUCCUUGAUCAACCACAAACAACCCCAGUUAUUUUAUAA